AUGGUGGUCGACACAGCAUACUACGACAUCCUUGGCGUCCAGCCGACGGCCACGGAGCUCGAGAUUAAGAAGGCCUACCGCAAGCUCGCCAUCGUGCACCAUCCCGACAAAAACCCAAAUGAUCCCACCGCCCACGCCAAGUUCCAGGAGAUCGGCGAGGCCUACCAAGUGCUAUCCAACGAUGACCUGCGCAAAGCCUACGACAAGUAUGGCAAGGAGUCGGCCCGCCCUUCCGAGGGAUUCGUCGACCCGGCCGAGUUCUUCACAAGUAUCUUUGGCGGCGAGGCCUUUAUGAACUGGAUCGGCGAGAUCAGCCUUAUGAAGGACCUGACCGCCACCAUGGACAUUUCUAUGACCGAAGAGGAGGAGGAGGCGGCUGCCGCGGCUGCCGCUGCCGGAGAGACAAAAGAGGCAACGGCCGGAGACGACGAGUUUCCCGAUACGGAGAAGGCGAAGCAGGAGAGCAUGAAGACCGCCGCCGAUAUGAAGGCUGCUGAGGCCGGCUUCGCCGCACCGUCAUCGAGCGAAAAGAAACCCGUACCGACAGUCGUGGUCGACGACGAAAAAGCCACCGGGUACGACGAUAUCCCGCCCCCCUACACAAAAGAAGCCUCCCCGGGCCCCAGUUCCAGGGCGAACACGCCACUCGGCGGUCGGACCCAGAUCCCCAUCCGACCAGCCAUCAUGGACCGGCCAUCCGACGACGCCGCGACCGACGACUCCACAUCGCACGACGGGAAGCGCAAGGACAAGAAGUCCAAAGCGGGCCUGAGCAAGGAGCAGAGGGAGCGGUUGGCGGCCUACGAGAAGGAGCGCGCCAAGAUCCGGCAGGACCGUGUCGACACGCUGGCGCAGAAGCUGCUGGACCGGCUGUCGGUGUGGACCGAGACGGACAGGGGCAAGGACGUGACGGCGGCGUUCCAGGAGAAGACGCGGCUCGAGGUAGAGGAGCUCAAGAUGGAGUCGUUCGGCAUCGACAUCCUGCACGCCAUCGGCGCCACGUACGUCAGCAAGGCGACCGCGCUGCUGCGCAGCCAGAAGUUCUUCGGCAUGGGCGGCUUCCUCAGCCGCAUGAAGGACAAGGGCACGCUGGUCAAGGACACGUGGAACACCAUCAGCAGCGCCAUCGACGCCCAGCAGACCAUGGAGGAGAUGGCCCGCCUCGAGCAGCAGGGCGGCGAAGACUGGACGGACGAGAAGAAGUCCGAGUACGAGCGCCGCGUCACGGGGAAGAUCCUGACCGCCGCCUGGCGCGGGAGCCGGUUCGAGAUCCAGAGCGUCCUGCGCGACGUCUGCGACGCCGUCCUCAACGACAAGAAGGUCCCGCUGGCCAAACGCCUCCAGCGCGCCGAAGGGCUCAUCCUGGUCGGCCAGAUCUGCGCAAACGCCAAGCGCAGCCCCGAAGAAGAAGGCGAUUACAUGGCCUUUGAGCAGCUCGUCGCCGAAGCCGCCAUGAAGAAGGAGAAGGAGUCCAAGAAGAAGGGCAAGGAGAAGAAGGACGACCAUCAUCAUCACCACCAUCACCACCACCAUCACAACGGUGCCGGUGCUGACGACAAGGCCUGGCAAGACGCGGCUGCUGCGGCGGCGAGCGACGUGCCGAAUGUGCCGAAGGGGCCGUCGUCAUAG